GGGGAAACAAAAACUUAAUUGAGACCUGUUUUUCAAAGGACCCGAAUCCAAACUAAGGAAAAUGCGAUAACAAUGGCGCAGGUUCUUAGCUUAAACCCUGCCGGUUCCUGGACACGACCCCGAGCAAUUGGUACACAAUUCCACAACACGACCCGAGCCCAAAAUGGAAAACACAGUUGGAUUUCCCUGCAGCAGGAACUGAAGUGCAAAGGCAGGUUCACUUGCCUAUUUUCAGGCGGUAGCAGCAGCAGAGAGGAACAAGCUAGGAAAGCAUUAGAAAGUGCACUUGGAGGAAAGAAAAACGAAUUUGAGAAAUGGAAUGAGGAAAUUAAAAAGAGAGAGGAAGCAGGUGGUGGAGGAGAUUAUGGUGGAGGGGGAUGGUUUGGAUGGGGUGGACGUUUUGGCUGGUCCAAUGGUGACAAUUUCUGGUCAGAAGCACAGCAAACAGGUCUCACCAUCCUUGGUAUUGUUAUCAUGUAUCUUUUGGUUGCAAAAGGUGAAGUGAUGCUUGCAGUCGUAAUCAAUCCUUCGCUGAAUGCUUUGCGAGUUACAAGAAAUGGGCUCACUUCUAUAUCAUCAAAAAUGUUGAAAAAGAUACCUGUAGAUUAUCCUGGUGAUUUUUCUGAUACAUCAAAGAAGGAAGUUUAUGUUCAGGCCUCUGCUAAAGAGAGAGUGAUUAGAAAAUGGGGAAGUGAUUGAUUUGCAUCAUUUCAUUAUUUCAUUCCUCCAUGUGUUCUUAGUGUGGCAAUUGUCAUUUCAUAACAAGCUUUUCGAAAGCACUUAUAGUUUGAAAUUACUGAGAAACACUGCAUAUUGCUUGUUUUGUAAGAGCAUCUCGAUUCCAUUCUUGUUUUCGAGAUCCCAAAAUGUUUUGCUCAUUGGAUUUUGAA